ACCAUCUUCUUCUUUCUUCUGACAACUAUAAAAGUUCACAUUUCUCUGUUCCCUCCUUCUUCUUCUCUCAAAACUUAGAAAACCCUAACCCAAAUUCUUUCUUUUUUCAAAUUUCACAAUCUCAAACACCGACAUUUUCUCUCACUUCCUUCUUAAGUCUAUUCCGUAGGAAUUAUAGUUUCCUGUUUCAACCUAUGAGCUGUCAUUUUUCUUAAUUUGGCAAGCCAUUUUUUCCACUUGAUACUUCCUAAAUCAAAAUCCAAUCUUUCUUUUUUCCUACAUUUUCCACAUUAAAUGAUCUUCAAUUACCCAUUUCAGUUUUGAUCCAUCUGAUCGUGAAUGAUCAGUAAAUUUUGCAUUUUGCUGUACAUAUUAAAAGAAUUUUGCAUUACCCAUUUCAGUUUUUGAUGAGAAAUUUAAUUAUACCUCUUUUUUUUUGUAUAUUAGUUUUUUUCAUUUUCUGCUUAGUUGCAAUUUGAUUAAUGUUGAUGGAGAACAUUGGAGGGGCAAUGGAUGAUCAGGGCUCAGGAUGGUUUGAGGUGAAAAAGAAGCAUAGAACUAGUUCAAAAUUUUCUGUACGGGACUGGUCCGGGGGAUUUUCAGAAAAGAAUGGUUCUGCUUAUCAGAUUACUCAGUCUUCAUCAGGUGAAAAAGGUGGGAGUAUGCAUGGAAAGCACACGACCCAGCUCCCAAAUAGAGGAGCAAAUCUGUCCAUACAUGGCUGCAGUGAUGUUAAUGCUUCACUGUCAAAUGGAGAUGGAAAUGAUAUGUCCUGCCUUAAUAAAUCAGUGUUUAAAAAAGAUAGUGAAGACGGUGAGUGUCCCAAGUUGUCCCAAUCUUUUGUUGCUAAUUCUAGUUCUAAAGCUGGAGAUACUCAGAAAAUUUUGGAUACAGAUAAGCCUGAUGUGGUUCCCAAAAUAAAAUGGGGUGAUCUAGAGGAUGAUAUUUUGGUAAUGCAUCAUGAAAAUAAUUCUCGAGCUGAUGAGAAAUUUGGUGAUACCGGAGAUAAUAAUUUAGUGGCUAGGAAGCUCGAGCACAAUUGUCAAUUGGUUUCAGAUGCACCUUCUUGCACUAAUACGCAUGAAAAUAAACUGAUGACAACAUCUCUAGUUAUAAGUGUUAGUCCUCACCAAACUAUAUCCCUGACUAAUAAGGAAGAUAUGAUUGAAGUCAACUGUAAAGAGGUGACCAAAAUCUCUUCAAAUGACAUGGAAGUACCAAUCAUUGCUUGUGAAAUGAUUGCUGCUAAUGAUGUUUCAAAUUGCUUGGAAAUACAAACUGAACAUUUUAGUUCUACUUGCCAAGAGGGUGAAGCUAGGAUGAUGACAGAGCUUCAGGUGCCUGUUAUUAUGUCUGAGGUAAAUGAUUCAGAAAAUUCUUACUUACCAGUUACAAGUAGUGAUUCAGUGGAGUUUCCACAGGAUGGUGAGUCAAUUCAUACUCAAAAGGGUGAAUCUGAAAUUAGUGUGGAGGUUGGCAUGGUGGAGAAACUUCAGUUGCCUGCUGUAUGUGCUGUAAAUGAGUCAAAAGCCUCUCAAUUGCCAGUUACAAAUAGGGGUUCAGGCACAGUGAUGACUUGUUUAGAUGGUGAAUUGCUUUCACUUGAAACAAGUGAUCCUGAAAUUUCCAAAGAUUCUGGGAUAGCUGUAAAACUUCAGUUUCCUGUCAUGUCCGAGGUAAAUGAGUCUUUGGUUUCUGACAUAUCUGCUAUAAAUGGGAACUCAAGACCAGCCGCGGUUGCACAGUAUUGUGAGUCACUUGCAAGUGAAAAGGGUAGACCUGAAAUUUCAGGAGAAUCUGUAGUAAGAGCUUCUGCUGAAGUCUGUGGAGAACCACUUGAUAAGACAAUAAGUAAUGGACUGUUGAAGGCUCAAGCUACUAAUCCCCUUGAUGAAGGUGACACAGGUGAAAGCAAAGAGAGGUUUAGGGAACGACUUUGGUGCUUUCUGUUUGAGAAUCUUAAUAGGGCUGUGGAUGAACUUUAUCUUCUUUGUGAGCUAGAAUGUGACAUAGAGCAAAUGAAAGAGGCCAUGCUUGUCCUUGAGGAGGCUGCAUCUGACUUUAAGGAACUGACUACUCGAGUGCAGGGGUUUGAGAAUGUGAAAAGGUCCUCUUCUCAACCUGUUGAUGGGAUUUCAGUUCCAUUUAAGUCUGACCAUCGCAGACCACAUGCUCUCUCAUGGGAGGUUCGGAGAAUGACUACUUCACCACACAGAGCAGAGAUAUUAUCUUCAUCUCUGGAGGCUUUUAAGAAAAUUCAACAAGAAAGAGGUAAUAUGCCUGCAGCUAAUAAUGGAAGAACCGUGCUUGAGCGUUGUAAUCGCCAUCUCUCUGACGAUAAUGUGAAAAACUCAUCGAUGAAAAAUGGUCUAACACUCAAUGCUAGAGAUUCAAUGACAAAAGUGAGGAAACAAAGUGGAGGUUCAGAUCUCCCUCAAAGUAGUUUAAGUAGUGAUAAGCGGAAUGUUGAAUUAGGCAGGUCCACUAAAAUAAACUUCACACUAAAUGGUCAUGACCGUCUACAUAAUUCAUCCUCAUUGGAUAUGAAUUCAUCUCGGUUUAAGGAUAGUUCUGCUGCUUCUGGAGCUGGGAGAACCAAAAGAGAAUCUGAGGCAGACAAGCUACUUCAUAAGAAAGAGAAGACACUUGCAGAAAAUACCAUUGAGAAAAACCUAAAAUCUAUUGAUCCCCCUCGGAAACAGAUUCUUCCUUCUGAUAAAGAUAAGGAAAAGAGAAAUUCUUCUUCAUGGAAAUCAAUGGAUGCAUGGAAGGAGAAGAGGAAUUGGGAGGACAUACUUUCGUCUCCCUUCCGUGUCUCAUCCCGCAUAUCACAUUCACCAGGUAUGAGCAGAAAAAGUGCUGACCGUGCACGCAUUUUGCAUGAUAAACUAAUGUCUCCUGAGAAGAAGAAGAAAACUGCUAUGGAUCUGAAAAAGGAAGCGGAAGAAAAGCAUGCACGGGCAAUGAGGAUCAGAAGUGAGUUGGAGAAUGAAAGAGUUCAAAAGCUUCAGCGUACAUCUGAGAAAUUAAACAGAGUAAAUGAAUGGCAGGCUGUACGCACUAUGAAGUUACGGGAGGGAAUGUAUGCUCGCCACCAGCGUAGUGAAUCUCGACAUGAAGCUUUUCUAGCUCAAGUUGUGAGGAGAGCUGGCGAUGAAAGUAGUAAAGUUAACGAGGUUCGAUUUAUUACUUCAUUGAAUGAAGAAAAUAAGAAGCUUAUGUUGCUCCAGAAACAUCAAGAUUCUGAGUUGAGGAGAGCGAAAAAUCUUCAAGUGAUAAAAAGUAAACAGAAAGAGGACAUGGCUAGGGAAGAAGCUGUUCUAGAACGAAGAAAACUUAAGGAAGCUGAAAAAUUGCAGCGGCUCGCGGAGACACAGCGGAAAAAGGAAGAGGCUCAAGUUAGAAGGGAAGAGGAACGGAAAGCAUCAAGUGCGGCGCGUGAAGCAAGGGCCAUUGAACAGCUUCGGAGGAGGGAGGAACGAGCCAAAGCUCAGCAAGAGGAAGCUGAAUUGUUGGCACAGAAAUUAGCUGAGAAACUCAGUGAGAGUGAACAACGUCGCAAGUUUUACCUCGAACAAAUACGGGAGAGAGCAUCUAUGGAUUUCAGGGAUCAGCCUUCACCCUUUUUUCGUCGAUCUAUGAACAAGGAAGCUCAAGGCAGGUCUACACCAACUAACAGUGGUGAAGUAUAUCAAGAAAACAGUGUUACAGGUACAAAAGGUUCUACUCUUGCUACAGGAAAUGUGCCAUUGCAACAUUCACUGAAACGACGAAUUAAAAAGAUUCGGCAAAGACUUAUGGCUCUGAAGUAUGAAUUUUCUGAGCCUCCAGUUGGUUCUGAAAAUGCUGGUAUUGGAUAUAGAACUGCAGUUGCAACUGCAAGAGCAAAACUUGGGAGGUGGCUUCAGGAACUUCAAAGACUUCGACAGGCAAGAAAAGAAGGGGCAGCAAGCAUAGGCCUAAUAACUACUGAAAUGAUCAAGUUUUUGGAGGGAAAAGACCCUGAGCUGCAGGCUUGUCGACAAGCUGGUCUGCUUGAUUUUAUUGCUUCUGCACUGCCUGCUUCUCAUACAUCAAAGCCUGAAGCUUGCCAGGUUACGGUACACCUUCUAAAACUUUUAAGAGUUGUCCUCUCUGUACCUGCAAACCGGAGUUAUUUUUUAGCACAGAAUCUUUUACCCCCCAUCAUCCCGAUGCUCUCUACAGCACUUGAGAACUAUAUCAAGAUUGCUGCAUCUUUAAAUGUCACUGGGAUCACCAACCUGUCAAGCAAAACUUCAGUUGAAAAUUUUGAGUCAAUCUCUCAAGUACUGGAUAAUUUCUUAUGGGUUGUUGGCGCUGUUAUUGGUCAUACAAGUUCUGAUGAACGGGAACUCCAAAUGCAAGAUGGCUUGCUGGAGUUAUUGGUUGCUUACCAGGUUGUUCACCGGUUGCGCGAUCUUUUUGCACUCUAUGACAGGCCUCAGGUGGAAGGAUCACCAUUCCCUUCUUCUAUUCUCUUAAGUAUACAUCUAUUGGUGGUUUUAACAUACAGACCCAAAGCCUAUAGUAAAAUCAACUGGGAAACUUCUCCAGUAGAAACAGAGAUAGAAUUUGAAAAUCAAGAAGCCAAUCUGGCAGAGGUUGCUGAUUUUGUGCAUUCAUCUGCAAAUAUGAUAUCUGAGGAAUGUAGACCUCCAUUAUGUGUAUUAAAUGGUAGUACAGUUGCAUCUCCUAUAGAUGUAUCAGAGGAUAGACUUUUACAUGACUCAUGUGGUGUAAAUAAAAGUGAUGAGCCAUCUACAGGCAGAGAUGGUGAAAAGAAGCCAACUUGUAGUUCAGUAGAGUUGAAUGAUGCCAACAAUAACUUGAGAGGUGGUCCAGAUGAAUCUGAAAAAAAUUUAAUUGAGAAGGAUAAACAACAUCUGGUUAAUGUUGGUGCAGAGCUAAAGAAUAAUAUGCUGAGCAUGAAGCAACCAGUAGCUUUUCUUCUUUCUGCCAUAUCUGAAACUGGAUUAGUCAGUCUUCCCUCUCUGCUGACAGCUGUGCUAUUGCAAGCAAACAAUAGGUUGUCGUCUGAUCAGGGUUCGUAUGCCCUUCCAUCCAAUUUUGAAGAGGUGGCAACUGGGGUGCUGAAGGUUUUGAACAAUCUGGCACAUUUGGAUAUUACUUCUAUGCAGAGAAUGCUAGCUAGGCCUGACCUGAAAAUGGAAUUUUUCCAUUUGAUGAGUUUUCUUCUAUCUCAUUGCACCAGCAAAUGGAAAGUUGCUACUGACCAGGUUGGGUUGCUUCUGCAUGAAUGUCUUUUGCUUCUUGGUUAUUUUGCCUUGUUCCACCCUGAAAAUCAGGCUGUCCUCCGGUGGGGAAAGAGUCCUACAAUACUUCACAAGGUAUGCGAUCUGCCGUUUGUGUUCUUCAGUGAUCCUGAAUUGAUGCCCGUUUUGUGCGGGACAUUGGUUGCUGCCUGUUAUGGGUGUGAGCAAAACAAAUCUGUGGUUCUGCAAGAAUUGAGUAUGGAUAUGCUACUCUCCUUGUUAACUUCUUGCAGAAAUGCCCAUUUGGCUGUCAGAACCAAUCAAAAUCUUGAGAAUUUGCCAAUUGAGGAUUCUGGCGAAAGUAAUCAGCAGAAUUCUGAACCUAGAAAAUCUUACGGAGACAACCCUUUAAGAUCCAACCGUUACAAUGCCAAAAGUAACCGGCUUUCCUCAGGGAAAGCUAAUCUUUUAGGAAACAGCAACAGAGGUGGCAAGAUUAGAAGCCAAAGGGAUUACAAAACAACAAAAACUGGUGAAGAAAUGGCUCUGAAGCAUAAUCCACUGGCUCCUGAAAUUUCUGUGAUGCUGCAUUGUAGGUUCCCUAAUAGCUUUAUUGACAGAGCAGAACAGUUCUUUUCAGCCGGGAUAGCAAAUGUGGGCGAUGCUUAAUGGAAACUCUUAUUAUCUUCAUACAACGCUGCCUUCACUGCACAUUUGAGGGGUAAAAGCCUGCCUUAAUUUCACUGGAGAAAAUUUUGCCCGAAUCACAGCAGAAUGUUCAGCAUUAAUAACUAAUUCACUGGUAAGGUGAACAGAGGCAGAGUUAAGAUGAAUACAAUCUUAUUCUGGGUAAUAUUUAAGUGUAAACUCUGAUAAUUUAAUAAAGUGACAAGAUAUCAGGAUGUCAUUCAGGAUUCUAAGUGUAGGAUAGUUACUGAAUGCCAUAAGAAUUGUAUCAUUACACGAGUAUGAUUUAUCCAAAGAGCACCUGGUGUUCGAAGAGCACCAUGUUUUAAUAAAUUAA